AUGGCUGUGUCUCUGUUGGAUGUCCUGUCGUGUCCCGUGUGCACUGAACUCUUCAGAGAUCCGGUGUUAUUGAGCUGUGGACACAGUUUCUGCCGGCAGUGCAUUAAUGCUCACUGGACCUCCAGCAGCUCCAGAAGAUGUUACAUCUGCCGACUGGCAUCACCACGAGAACCGGUGCCCAAUCUGGGCUUGAGAAAUGCCUGUGUGUCUUACCUAAGAGAGCAAAACAUGAGGACAGAGGAGGAUGGAGGACUGAAGUGUCACAUACAUGGAGAGAACAUCGAGCUGUUCUGUGAAAUAGAUGAAAAGGCUAUAUGUUCAACAUGCAUGGAUUAUGAGCACAGGUGGCACGAAACACAACCGCUACAUCAGGCUCUACGACAACGCAAGGAGAAGCUGAAAGCAGCUCUUCGUUCGGCUGGAAAAACUUUAUUAUCAUUACAAAAUGGUACAUCAAGGGAUAGCAAAAUCUCCAAUUACGUUCAGUCUCAAACUCAGAUGACAGAAAGAACUAUCAGGAUGGAGUUUGAGAAACUCCAACAGUUCCUCAAAAAGGAGGAGGAGAGCAGGAUAGCGGCUCUAAAUGAAGAAGAGAAACAAAAGAGAGGACAUAUAGAAAGAAGAAUACAAGGAGGAAUACUGUCUCUCUCUGAUAGAGUCAGAGAAGCGGAACAACAAAUUGAGGAUAAUGCUAUCACGUUUCUUCAAAAUUAUGACAGCAUUCUGAACAGAGCCAAAUACACACUUCCAGAUCAGGAGCUGAGUUCAGUAACUCUUAUCGAUGUUUCCAAACAUCUGGGUAACUUGAAGUACCAAGUGUGGGAGAAGAUGAAGGACAUCUGCCCUUACUACCCUGUGAUCCUGAAUCCAAACACAGCUCCACCAGACAUCUCUGUGUCAGAUGAUCUGACCUCUGUGACCUCACGUGUCCGUCGGCAGGACGAACCCAAUGCUUUUCCUCUGCACAGGAGCCGUGUGGUGUUGGGGAGCGUGGGAUAUGCUGAUGGUGUUCACACGUGGGACAUUGAGGUGGGAGACAGUCACCACUGGAGUCUUGGAGUGUGUUUUGGAUUGGAGGGUAAACCUACUACACAACCUUUGACCCCUGAAAACGGCUUCUGGGGUCUCAGACGCGAUGGAGACUUGUACGAAUUGAUGACUGCUGGGAUGUCGAGAUUAAAGAUAAAGGGAAACCCACAGGUAGUGAGAGUAAAGCUUAAUUAUGUUCAUGAAGACUCUGGGGAAAAGAAACGCUGGAGGACGGUGAGCUUUUCUGAUGCCAGGAAUGAUUCAUAUAUUGCAGGGUUUUCUAGAGUGCCUUUGGAGAAGGAUCUCUUUCCCUUUGUGAUCCCAGAAGAUCAGACCUCACCGUUGCGUGUCGUCCCAGCAAAAGUUAUUCUGACUGUUGAACAGAAACUAUCAUUCAUGGAGAAAAAUAAAGUCUUGCUCAUCGUUUGUUUUGGUUUUGUCAUGUUUAUAUUGGUGAUUCUGUUAGGAAAGAGUGACCGACAGGGCAGGUGAAAAGUAAAUGUCUGUUUAAUUACCGUAAUGGUCUGUUAUAAUGGUUCAGUCAGCUAAAGCAGACUUCUGAGCAAAACUAAACGAUCUAGCAUCACUGCACUAUAAUGUGAAUAUAAUGGAGCCCACGUCCAUGAUGAUAAUAAUGCACAGCGUGCACUUGACAGUUUCUGUUCAACCGUUUCUUGUAAUUUUUUGAAAGACCUUUUUACUGCACUGAUUUAUCAUUUUAGUAGAAUGAUUUCAGAGCGAUCUCAGA